UGUAAACUGUUAUGUAAUCUGAAAUAAAGAAAGUUUAUUAUUAUUAUCGACGAUUUAGUUAUUGCCACAUACUGGGUUUUGCCGAUGACUUAAAGUUAUUCUUUAACAUAAACAGUAUUAAUGAAUGCUUAUUUCUUCCGUGUUGUCUGGAUUUCUUAGAUACUUGAUGUGUUGAUAACAGUCUAGGGUUUAAUGUGUUAUAAAGUGUAGUAUGAUCAGUUAUUCAAGAUCAACCAUUACUUACCAUAGAUACAGAGUGGAGUAUUUGACAGCAACAAUACCAUUUUGAGCAGACUUAUUCAGAUUACUGGUCUUGGCACAUAGACUUUAUGCUUUAUAUCCCUUACGCUUCAGCAUGUCAAUUGUGUGAUUCUUAUUAACAUGAGAUAUAAACAUCAAAAUGAUAUUUUAACUGUCCAAAACGAUACGACACGAUUGUGCAAGACACCUCUUUAUGCUUUUAACGCACGGGCUGGAUUUAGUAGCCAUUUUGACUUCGGCAGAGGAGCAUGAAUUACCGUUUUUUUUUUUGUUUUUUCGAAUUCUUGUGACUUGUGAUGGCGAAUAACGGAUCCAAGAGAUUAUUGAACUUGGAGAGGCUCGCAGCCAAUCCAGAUGACGUGUAUGAACUCCUUGAUGACCUUGAGUCCGAUUUUGAGGUGGAAAGCGAUAAUAAUGAUGAAUUUUUUGCUCCACCCGAACGCGUUUUAUCGGAAGAUGAAGAGUCCGAAAGCAGCAGCAGCAGCAGCAGCAGUGACGAGGACGCGCCUAGACCUAGUACCAGCCAAAAAAAGUCUUCUGCUCCAACAUGGGUAAAGCAGCCAUUUGAAGGCAAAGAAAUCCCUACUAUGUUUGAUAACCAUGAACCUGAGCCAGUUUUGAGUCCAUGGGGUUAUUUUAGUAGAUAUUUCAAUGAUGAGUUUUUUGAAAUGGGGGCAGCGUUAACUUCUCAGUAUUACUUGCAACAACAUGGUAGGGAAAUCACUCCAAAAUUGACUGAUGAAGAAAUUAGGCAAUUUUUUGGUAUGCAUGCAAUAUUAUGGGAUGUUUUAAGUUUCCUAGAAUCCACCUUUACUGGAGUAUCAAAUAUCGAUUACCUCUCAUAGCUAAUGUUAUGGCGCGUGACAGGUUUUAUAAACUUCGAACGAAUUUUCACGUAGUGGAUAAUCUAUCGGAUGAUAUCAAAAAGAAGAAUCAUCUCUGGAAAGUUCAACCAAUGAUAGACCGAGUUCGACAAAGAUGUCUUGAAAUUCACAGGCCAGCGAAUGGUUGUUUUUCAAUUGAUGAGCAAAUGAUACCCUUUUUAGGACGAUGUCCUAUACGUCAAUUUGUCAAAAAUAAACCAAGGCCGGUUGGACUUAAGAAUUUUGUCAUUACAACGUCUUGUGGUACAAUAUUGGACUUCAAAAUAUACCAGGGUUCCUUGACGCCAUUGCCAGAUAAACAACUUGGUUUAGGGCCAUCAGUUAUUCUUCGUUUAAUACAAACCUUGCCACCUGGAAGCUUUAUUUUUUUUGACCGAUAUUUUUUCACAAUACCAUUAUUUGAAAAAUUAAAAGAAUUAAAAAUGGAAGGAACGGGAACCAUAAUGACAAACAGAGUAAAAGAAUGUGUAUUUCAAAAAGAUGCUACUAUGAAAAAAGACGACGCAGAAGUGCACGUAAAAAAAUAUACGAAAGUAUGUUUGACAAAAUGGAAAGAUAACAAACCAGUCAUCAUGGCAUCUACGGCUUUUGGAAUAGAACCAGUAAAAACUGUUCAGAGAUGGGAUAAAAACACAAAAAAACAUAGAAGUAUCCUGUCCAAAUGUAAUUAAAGUUUAUAAUGAAAAGAUGGGCGGAGUUGAUAUUUGUGAUCAAAUGACUGAGGCUUAUCGAACAUACUUUAAAACCCGAAAAUUUCAUCCCGAAAAACCAUUCUACACUUAUUUGACAUAGCUAUUGUGAAUAGCUGGAUGGAAUAUUGAAAUGACUGUAAAAAAAAUGGAUACAGCUCAAAGCAAAUCUUAGAUUUUUUGCAGUUUCGACUAGCAUUAGGAGAAUUUAUGGUUUGUGGAACAAAAAAAAGAAAUCUAAACUAUGAACAUGCUCAAACGGAUAAAAAUGAAGAACUUUCUGCCAAGAAGGUAAGAUAUACACCUCUACCUUGUGAAGAUAAAAGAUUCGAUGGGUUUGAUCAUUGGCCAGUACAUGAGGAUCAAAAAAAUCCCAACACUUGUCGCCUGGAAUCCUGUCAAAGUAGAUCAAGAAUCAAAUGUAUUAAGUGUAAUGUUUACUUAUGUUUACAAAAAAACCAAAAUUGCUUCAAAACUUUUUAUGUUAAGUAGUGUAUUUUCGUAGAAAUAAACAUUUUCAAUAUA